AUGUCUUCUACCCGUACAAUAUUCAUCCAAAAUGGCUUACCGAUCUUUGAGAAUCAUAUCUCCUCUACCGGACAUGCAUGGUGGGUGUCGGUGAAUAUUUUAGACCACGAGAUCAACUUCUCCGAUGUGAACUUGAUAGAUAUUUUAAUUGCACGUCUUCAAAGCAGAUCGUUUGAAAUCACCCAAGGUAUUGCCAUGCACCAUCGGCAGAAGUUGUGGGUGUCGUUUCCGGCCGAUCUGAGCCUUCCCAUGAGCAAAUGGGCUGCCCUCGCCAUCAAAUACGCAGAGCACUAUAAGGAGGAUAUCAUUACAGGGCCCACUUGGUAG